AUGAAAGCAACAAAGGCCCUCAUUAACAUCUCUGAAAUGCACCAUGCUGAAGUUGCUGAGGCUAAGGAGUAUGUGCCUCGACGUAUCCAGGAAGAUUAUGGGCGCAUUACUUUUUCAGAAGCAAACAGAGCAUACCCAUUUCCUCAUAACCGCUCUCUUUUCAUCACAACUUACAUCAAUGAUGUUGAGUUCAAGCGUGCUUUCCUUGAUAGUGGGGCAUCCAUAAACAUCAUUACCACUAACACCUUUGCAAAGGCUGGUAUCCUAGAGUCCAGAAUGGCAAAGUUGGGAAAGCGCAUAGUUACCAUAAACGUGUCUGAAAAGCCAUUCAGAGUGGAAGAGGCACACUAUUCGAAUGCAGUUUUCUUUACUGAAUUGUCAACGGAUGAAACUCCAAGGACUGGUAAAAUUGCAGGGGUAAAAUUGCCAAAGUGGGAAGACAUUCAAGGUGUAAAGGCUACUCUAGAAAGUAGUGAACAGAAAAGGAGCAACAAAUCCACAAGUCCUCCGCCCAAGAUCGUCAAGGAUGGCCCCAAGACGAAUAAAUGUGACGGUGAUGAGUCUCAAGAAGGGUUGGUGGAAACGCCUGAGCCUGCUCUUGAAUGUAUGCAAGAUAAGCCUAAACCCCAGCAGGAGGUACUUGCUGAGGUCAACCUCAGUGACUCACCUGGGCAAAGCAAGCCGGUGUUUGUCAGUGAUAUAAUGGCUCCAGCAGCUAAGGCAGAAUUGAUAACACUACUAAAGCAAUACAGUGAUGUCUUUGCUUGGAUAUAUGAUGAGAUGCUUGGUCUUGACCCAUCCCUCAAGACCAAUGGUCAGAUCAGGGUUUGCGUAGACUUUCGCGACCUGAAUAAGGCCUGCCCGAAAAAUGAGUUUCCAUUACCCCAUGUUGAUACACUUGUUGAUUCAACUGCAGGCCAUCGGAUGUUCUCUUUCAUGGAUGGGUUCAGUGGUUAUAACCAGAUCAAAAUGGCACCAGAAGAUGCAGAAAAGACAACUUUCAAAAUGCCCUUGGGAAAUUUUUUCUAUACGGUGAUGCCCUUCGGUUUGAAAAACGCAGGGGCAACCUACCAACGGGUUAUGACUGCAGUGUUCCAUGACAUGUUGCAUUACAAAGUAGAAGUAUAUAUGGAUGAUCUGGUGGUCAAGUCUACUAAGGCGAACCGCCACCUCUACGACUUGGAGAAAGAUUUCAGCGUUGCCGCAAAUUCUGCCUCAAGAUGA